AGCGUCUGGUAGUCUCAGCGAGAAGUAAACUUUUUGUCAGUCUUUUUGCCUCAUCCCGCCUCACCCAGCACAAAUAUUUCUGUUCCUCCAGGACCUCAUUUAUUCUGCAUCACGUAUCGGUGUCCGUUUCCGCAUUUGCACUCCGUGACCUUUUACCUAUGUGUGACGUUUUUUGCCCAACAAGAGAGUCUAAGUAAGUCUUCUAAGCUGUAGAUGUGGCCCUGGCCACCAUUAGCAGCUGCGUUCUUGGACCUUCCGUAAAACUACCCCCGUAGUUAGAUCAUCAUAGAGACUCUAAGUUACAGCAGGAGCAGCUGCACGACCAGAAAGUACGUAGCUCAUAACAACCCGCGCCACAUCAACACCUACUUCUUCGUCAAAAUGUCCUUCCUCCAGACGCUGGAGGACAUGAAGAAGUCCGGGGUUCCGGCCAGCUGGCGCCCCCUGAUCCAGAAGGACUACGUCUACGCCGUUUCCUGUUGGUUCUACGCGCUGAUCUACCUCUUCUGGAACGAUCCCGAGCUCAUCGCCCGCAAACUCCCCAUCAUGAACCACCUCGGCCUCUGCCAACUCGCCCCGUACUACUGGUUCCUCCAGGCCUGGGUCUCCUUCUGGUCGGACUAUUUGGAGCUCGCAAGGCCGAGCUGGAUAUCCUGUGCAAAAGUAUCGUACUCGUACAAGUGCAAGCUUAGCAUUACAAAUCUUGUUUCCACCGCAAAUCUGCAUUACAAAUUUUAUUUCUCAUGCUGAGGAAAUUUGCAAUGCAUUUAUACGAGUGCGAUACUUUUUGCACAGGAUACUGGAGCCACUUCGUCGACACGGUGUUUGCGGUGCUGGGGAGCUACUUGUACCUCUACGUGGCGUUGUUCGAGCGAGUUCUGGACCUGUUCAGCGGGUUUUGCGGGAUCAUGGGAGUGGUGCACGCGUAUUUCGCGUUUGCGAUGUCGAGGUAUUACCGAAGAGUGGAACCAAAUCCGAAAAAAUACGCGCAGUGGCACAUCCAGUGGCAUAUAUCGUUUCCGCUGUGGACGUCGGUACUGCUUGUUACUACUUCGGAGGUCGUGUGUUUCUACUUGUAUGUAAUUGCAGAAAUAUACUAAAUUGCCACUGUGUUUCCCCUGUUCUGUCAUGCGUGAUCUACUCGCUCACCAAACAAAAAUAAAACACACCAGCUCCUUGGUUGGAACCAGCAGCGGCUCCCGGACCCAGAAAUUCCGUGGUACCCGCAUCCGCUCUACUCGUACUGGAUUCCAAUGCUGACGUGUUUGUUCCUGGUGUGGAAAACGAGGUCAACGGCGGUGGGAGAAAAGAUUGAAAACACGAUCGAGAUUGGAAAAGGAAAAAGUAAUACGAACAAAAACAAUACCUUAUGCUCGGCUGCAGAUAACGACAUCACGCCAAGAACAUGCUCCGUCAAAAGCAGCGACAGCACCACCUGCUCCACCUGCACUGAGGUGGAUGACGAAGAGGGGAAGAAGAAAUAAGAGAAACACCUCCAGUACCUCCUGCAAUCCACACGUACGGUUUCUCCAACGACAUUUGAAGAAGACGAGCAAGAAAGACACAGCUGAAUCAUAAUUGUGACUCUGAAAACGACCACCCGGGCUGCAACAAAAUGCGAGUACAGAGCAACUUUCAGAGUUUCCGACCAUCUUCACAUCGUAGCAAAUUGCUAUGCAGAAAUUCAAAUUUUCCUCCUGAUCUCCCAGUGAGAGCCGAACAUGAAAAAACAACUCGUGCUGGAGGUCACCAGCCUAGUCAUAUACACUCACUGCAAAAGACCAAAGCUGCGCACAGUCUCAGCCUACUUCAUCUUCGCGUGGAACUUCAUUGUUGCAUUCAGUUAUUUUAGUCAGACGCAUUUUUUUUUUUGGCAUUAGCAUCAACGCGCAUGGUAGAUGCCACUCCGUAGUAAAGAGAAAAACAGCACCAGAGCGCAAAUCAAGUUGCACAAAUUUUUCAAUAAAGGACAUCAAGAUGAAAAAACGGCUUAAGAAGAUGUUGGAGCAAGGUACUGGGGCGCGGCUUAAUUAGUGCUUUUCACUAGUGUGAGGAGCGGGGGCGUUGGGUCUCCGGGAGUGAUCAUCUCGACCUUUCGGAGGCCCAAAUAAUCUCUGCUCUGGGUGUGCCCUUAACCCUAGUUUAUGCCCCCCCCUUGAAUGCAUUUUUUUGAGGCCCAAAAAUCGCGAAAGCAUUUGCACACUUUGCACAAAUUUUUCAAUAAAGGACAUCAAGAUGAAAAAAGGACUUCGAAAAUUGCGAGGUCUUCCUGUUUGACUAGCCACAUAAAUGGAAAUGUGUCGGAAGACAAUCAACAACGCAAGAAACGCGGGCGAUUUGAACACUGGUCAUCUUUGAGUGAAGUGUAAAUAGGCCCUGUUUGAAGGCGUUUCUAGUUGCAAUCAA